AUGGCCAAGCCAAAUUCUCCGCCCGAAGCGCCCCCAGCAAGCAAAUUCUGGCGCUCAUCCAUAAUCUUCCCAGCCGCGAUAAUCUUCCGCUUGGUGCUGCUCGUCUACGGCCGCUGGCAGGACGCCAACAGCCCCCUGAAAUACACAGAUAUCGACUACCUCGUCUUCACUGACGCCGCGCGUUUCGUCGCGCAGGACCGCUCGCCCUAUGACCGCGCGACAUACCGCUAUACGCCGCUGCUGGCAUGGAUUCUGCUCCCGACUAGCUGGGGCGGAUGGUGGUUUGAGUUUGGCAAAGCGCUGUUCGCAGUGGGCGAUGUCGUCGCGGGAUUCUUAAUUCUGCGGAUUUUGCGGACGACCGGCAUGCCGCCGGCGCGAGCGCUGCAGUUUGCGAGCAUUUGGCUGUUGAAUCCCAUGGUUGCGAAUAUCAGCACGAGGGGUAGCUCGGAGGGCCUCCUGGCGGUUAUUGUGCUUGCGUUGCUGUGGGCUAUUUUGGCGAGAUAUACGCUCGCGGCGGGAUGUCUGCUGGGAUUUGCGGUGCAUUUCAAGAUUUAUCCGUUCAUUUAUGCGGCGAGUAUGUUCAUCUGGCUCGGACCGCGCGGUGACGCAGACGCGCGAAGGUCGGUUUGGUCGACUGUUAGGCAUUCACUCAACCGGGAUCGCAUCAUCUUGGCGAUCUCGAGUUUUGUGACUUUCAUGGGAUUGAACAUGGUCAUGUACAACGAAUAUGGUGCGCCAUUCAUUGAACACAGCUACACAUAUCAUCUGACUCGUAUCGACCAUCGACAUAACUUCUCGAUCUACAACACGAUCCUCCAUCUCGGCUCCGCCGAAAGCUCGUCUCUUGCGACCAGCGGUCUGCGCAUCGAGUCUAUCGCCUUUGUGCCGCAGCUUUUUUUGGCCACUAUCAUAAUACCUUUGCUGCUCGCAAAGAAGGAUCUAGCAAGUGCAAUGCUUGCGCAGACAUUCGCCUUUGUCACCUUCAACAAAGUGUGCACAAGUCAGUACUUCUUGUGGUACAUGGUAUUUCUACCAUUCUACCUCCCUUCGUCGUCCCUCCUCAAGUCUUCUCGUCGGGGCCUUAUUGCGUUGGCCUUGUGGAUCUUCGGCCAGGCUUUAUGGCUUCAACAGGGUUAUGAGCUCGAGAUGCUGGGGCGUUCUACUUUCGUGCCUGGAUUAUGGCUGGCGAGCGCGGUUUUCUUCUUGACGAAUUGCUGGAUCUUGGGCACCGUUGUGUCCGAUAUCAGAGCUGUUGGCGAGACAGUACCGACCUGA